AAUAGAUCAUCAAGUUUCAAACAACGUUUCAGUAGUGUUCCUGGAUGCUUGCUAUUUGAAUGUUUAUUAAUUUGUAAUUUAUUAUUAAUACAUCCCUUUAUUAUUGAUACAAUCUAAUUUUUUUUUCUUGUGAAUUUAAUAUCUUUAAAUACUAAGGAGUUUGAAUAUGGCGGACUCGGCACAACCUCAGGUUUCAGGCGGUGGGGAAGGUACACCGGUUGUUAGCGGCGAUGCUAAGCAGGCGGAUUCAGCACAGCCCCAGGUCUCGGGUGGUGGGGAAGGAGCCCCAGUUGUUAGUGGUGAGGCUAAGAAGGCGGAUUUAGCACAACCGCAGGUCUCGGGCACCGGAGAAGCCGUACCAAUUGUUAGCGGCGAGGCUAAACAGCCUGAUCAGCCUGUCGCAGAGGAGCAGAGCGAAGUGAAGAAAGUAGAACAAGUCGUAGAAGGAACAAAAACUGAGGCACCUCAACCGGAGCCUGUGAAACCGGAAGCUUUAGUGUCGGAACAAAUAAAAAAUGAAGAGCUUCCUCCAACACCAGCAGUUGAAGAGACGAAUAAAGAAGAAGCUAAACCAGCUCAAGAGCCUGCCAAUGAGGCGAAAGUAGAACAAAAUGUGCCUCCCAAAGAUAUUGCCAUGCAUUUUAACGAGCAUGCAGCUCACCUGAUGAACUGGCAACAGAGAGAAUUGGAACUUUUGAAAAAGAUAGACGAGUUGGAAAAAGUAAAGAAUCAAAGGAGCGAAGACGGCCUGAAACUUGAAUUAAAGGUCCGUGAAGAAGAAAUCGACCUUCUAAAGGCAAGGGUUAGGAACCUGGAGACGGAACUGCAGGCAGCACUGUCGAAGCCCAGUGGGAAGAAUCAUGAGAUGAUAGAAAACAUCAAGCAGCAACACGAAGAGCUGCUGAGCAAAGCUCGCGGCAUGAUAUUCGACAAGACGAAGAUGGUGAAGAAUCAGGAGCUGCAGAUCGAAGCCCUCACCACCCAGGUGCAGUCGCUGAAGGACAUCAAUCUGAUCACCAAGGACCUGCUCGAGAUCAGAAACUCCGAAGUCAAGGCUAUGGAGGAUCGGCUGCAAGCUAUGGAGGCGCGGUUUAAGGCGGAGAAGGACAAAUACGGGCUGGUGCUGCAACGUGCGCAGACCAGCACCAAUAUCAACGUCGACCUCCGCAAGGAGUACGAGACGCAGCUCGGCAUAUUCAAGGAGCUGAGGGAAAAGUAUGAGCAAAGGGUCCAAGCAUUAGUGGCAGAAAACACAAGGCUCAAAGAGUCUGUGAGAGGCGGCACAUCCUAAAAGGAAAUUAUAUAUUUAUAUAUAUAAAGACUGUUUCGGAAUUUGGCCGAUACAUUUAUAUUUUGUACAAUUUUAAAUAUUUUGGUAGUGUACAUUAUUUGCGUUUGUGAUGUACGAAAUAUUUUAAUCUUAAUAAAAAGUUAAUACUGAA